CCAUAUUCAAAAGCAGAAAAAUAAGCACUGAGAAAUGAUCAUUGCCUGCUUGUUGGAUAGAAGAGGUAUCUGGCAACAGGCGCCAAUUUCACUUCAAUUCACACGAAAACAGUCUUCCUACUCUUUUUUCGUUUUUUUCUCUUUCGUUAGAUUCGAAUUUAUUUUUCUACUCUUUGUUCAAUUUCCUCAUUCGAUACCAAAUAUAAUCAUGUUCCGUCAGGUUCUUAACGCUGGAAAGACUCAGGUCGCCCGUGGCUACGCCACCUCCGCCCCCUCCACCAAGGCACCCAUCGCCCUUUUCGGUAUUGACGGCAAGUACGCGACUGCCCUGUUCCAGGCCGCUGCCUCAAAGAACGCCCUCACGACCGUUGAGGCCGAUCUGAACAACAUCAGUGAGAAGCUCGCUCAGAACGCGCGCAUUGGCGAGGUUCUUUCCAGCCCCCUGCUGAACCGUUCGGCCAAGGAGGAGCUGAUCAACUCGCUGGGCAAGAAGUCCGAGCUCACCACCAACUUCUUCAAGACCCUCAUUGAGAACAACCGCCUGAGUGAGACCAAUAACAUUAUCACCGCUUUCAAGUCCCUGAUGGACGCCCAGCGCGGUAUUGUUUCCGUCAUUGUCACUUCGGCCACCCAGCUUGGCAACAAGGAGCUGAAGCAAGUCAAGGACAGUCUGACCAAAGGCGGUCUUAUCAAGGACUUCAAGGAGGUCAAUGUCAUUAACAAGGUCAACCCCAGCCUUCUUGGAGGCAUGGUCGUCGAGUUUGGCGAUUACACCAUUGAUAUGUCGGUCUCGAGCAGACUGGCCAAGCUUGAGAAGCUCCUGACCGACUCGAUCGCUGUUUAGAGAAAUGAAUUUUUAUCACUUUGUUUUUGUUUGCUCUUUCAACAUUGCUUUAUAAAAUUUAUUUUUAAAUGUCGAGUA